AUGGCUACUUUAAAGCAUUCACUGCUGGUUCUGGUUUUGGUGCCGUUGGUACUGGGCCUGCCCUACCAUCCACCAACAUGCUACACCAAGGUACUCAACAUGGCACGAGAAAUCGCCCAACGAGCAGCAGAGUUAAAGAGCAACCCUGAAAAUAGAACCUGUCUGAGACACAUUCCAGAUCUCUACAUGGACAUCCAUAAUGAGUGUGUCAUGUCGAAGAUGAGGACCUAUGUCUCCCAGUUGGAGGCCCCGCGGGUACGACGCUGUUCAUACACACUGGAGGUGAGGAAGCUGGCCCUAACCGUGAGACAGCUCUUCAUCAUAAUGUCGCAGAAGUGCCAUGGGGACCUGGUGUUCACAAAGAAUGACUGUGGUGCGCUGGAACAUGCUCAACUGGCAUACGCCACAACCACUGCCCCACUACGAGAGCUCCUGAAAAAGGAUGCAACCUGGACCUGGACUCAUGCCUGCUCUGCCUCUCUUCGCCAACUGAAGGCACAGCUCACCUCACUGCCCAUGCUUGCACACUUUGACCUGGCAAGCCCCACAAUCCUGACUUGUGAUGCCUCCAGUACGGUGGUUGGAGCUGUGCUGUCUCAACUCCAACAGGGCACUGAACGCCCAGUGGCAUUCGCCUCUCGGUCCCUCACCUCAGCUGAGCAGAAGUACUCAGUGGGGGAGCGGGAACCACUGGCUUGUGUCUGGGUGUGUGAGCAGUGGCACAUGUAUGUGCAUGGACGGCACUUUACACUGUGA